CUGGCUCCUUAUCAUAGACGCCCCCCGCGUAUCUUCCCCCCUCCCCCCGGGUGUCUAUUUAUUUGUGAACACAUAAUUCACAUUCUAAUUUUAGAAACAAGUAACAACUAAUAAACAAACGCCACUCAGUACUUCCUAGGAACUUCUUCUUGUACUUUUUAACUGGUCAAGAAUCAAUGGAUAUUUUCUCUUAUUUGUCCGACGGUCACCAGUAUGGGUCCCCGGAGGCCUCUUCGGCGUCCGACAGCGGCGGAAGUCGGGCGGUCAACUUCUCAGACGAGGAGGUGAUGCUGGCGUCGAGCCACCCCAAGAAGCGUGCGGGGCGGAAGAAGUUCCAGGAGACUCGCCACCCGGUGUACCGCGGCGUGCGGCGGCGGAACUCCGGCAAGUGGGUGUGCGAAGUGCGGGAGCCCAACAAGAAGUCCAGGAUUUGGCUCGGGACGUUCCCGACGGCGGAGAUGGCGGGGCGUGCCCACGACGUGGCGGCGAUGGCCCUCAGGGGCCGCCGUGGGGCGUGCCUCAAUUUCGCCGACUCUGCGUGGCGACUGCCGGAGCUCCCGGCCUCGGCGGACGCGAAGGACAUCCAGAGAGCGGCGGCGGAAGCGGCGGAGGCUUUUCGGCCGUCGGAGUCAGAAGGGGUUUCUGGCGACGACGCAAAGGCGGGUGCCGCGUCGACGGCUGCAGCGGUGGCGAGGACGGCGUAUGUGGAUGAUGAGGCAGUGUUCGGCAUGCCGGGGUUGCUUGCCAACAUGGCAGAAGGAAUGUUACUGUCGCCGCCUCGCUGUGAGACAGAUGGCGGGCAUAGUGGGUAUGACGUGGAAGCUGACGGGGACGUGUCCUUGUGGAGCUAUUCAAUAUAACAUCAUAUAAUAUAAAAGAAUGUAAUAUAAUUAUAAAUAGCCUGAGUUAUUGAUUAAUUAGGGUGUAUAUUCCGUACUUUUUUUUUGAAUGGGUACGGUUAGAAGAUGCACGGGUAAAAAGAGAAUUUUGUGAUUUGCUUUUUA